AUGAGUUCACACCAGCAGAAGCAGCCCUGUGAAGAACCACCUCAGCUGCACGAGCAGCAAGUGAAACAGCCUUGCCAGCCACCACCUCAGGAGCCAUGUGUCUCUCAAAUCAAGAAGCCAUGUGACACCAAGGUUCCGGAGACCAGCCACCCCAAGGCUCCUGAGCCCUGCCACCCCAAGGCCCCUGAGCCCUGCCACCCCAAGGCUCCUGAACCCAACCACCCCAAGGCUCCUGAGCCCUGCCACCCCAAGGCCCCUGAGCCCUGCCACCCCAAGGCUCCUGAACCCAGCCACCCCAAGGCUCCUGAGCCCUGCCACCCCAAGGCCCCUGAGCCCUGCCAUCCCAAGGCCCCUGAGCCCUGCCACCCCAAGGCCCCUGAGCCCUGCCACCCCAAGGCUCCUGAGCCCUGCCCCUCAACUGUCACUCCAGAACUAACCCAACAGAAGACAAAGUAA